UAUGCGCUCACUUAUAUGUAAAUUUUAAUUUGCAUUCUUGGUCAAAUAAAAGAGCAGAUUUAAAGAUGUCGAUCUCAAAAAUCAAUUAUUUAAAUUAACUGGCUCCUAAAUUUAAAAUUUAAAGGAUUCUUGUCAUGGUAUUUAAUGUGAGGAUGAUAUUGUCAAAGGAUUGCAUUAAAAUAUUCUUACAAAUAUUCCAACAUUUACAUCAUUCUUUGCUAUGAAAAGUAUAAUGUACUACUAUUUACAAAAUGAAUGUAAAAAUGAAGAAUUUUGGAAAUUAGCAGGACAUAGAUUGAUUUAAUUAUUUAAGCAAGAUUCUAAAUUUAAUCAUCCUCUAUGCUUAGGUUAAUUAGCAUUUAUUUUAGGUUAACUUAAAAGAAAGAAUUACAUAUAAAAUUAAUAGGAAAAUAAUAUUUAUUAAUAAUGUAGUAAUUUGUUACUUGAUAGAUUCACAAAAUGUUUGAAAGGUUAGACCUAAUAAAAUAUAACUCAUAUUAUAGCUUUAAUUAAUUUAUAUCAACUAGAAUCUGAAAAUGUUAAGAAAGCAACUGAUGCUCUAAUAUCCUAAUUGGACUUUUCUACAUUUACAAUUAUUGAUAUUCAUUAUAUCUUAUGGGGUCUUUAAGGUGGUUUCUAAAAAUCGCUUGUAGAAUUUAGUGUAUUGUUUUUAGAAAAUUAAUUUGUUUCGUAAAGAAUUAAGACUGAUUUUCAUAAACUAAACCAGGAAUAAUAAGCUAAAGUGUUAAUUGCACUUGUAUCACUUAGAUUCAAUGAUAAAGAAUGUAUUGAUGCUAUUGUUAGAGAUCUUAAAAUAUUUAACAUUACUUCACUAUUGUCUUUAAUGAUGAAAUAUUUAAAAAAUCCUUUGCAUUAAUUAAAUAACUAAUAUACAAUAAUACUUGCAUUGAAAGAAUAAUUUGAUGAAUAUUUCUUGAUGGAAGAUAAAGAUUUGUAUGAUACAAUCAUAGGUAUUAAAUUAAUUCUUUACAUUCCAUCAUAAAUGAAUAUUGAAAUCAGAUAGCAAUUUUUAAAAUAUAUUUAAUAAUAUGAAAAAUUUAUAAUUACUAAUAUGGAUCAUUUUUAAAAUGAAUCUCUUGUCGAUAUCAUUAGUAUGGCUAGCUUGUUUGAAUAGGAAAAAUUAAUACUUGAGAAAGUUUAAAAUAAAAUAGAAAAUUUCAAUAUGAAUCUAUAAGAUAGUAUAUCCUUUUUAUUUUGCAUUGAAAAAUAUUCUAAUUAAUUUCAUUAAUAAAUAAAUGAUUGUUUAACAGCCAUAAUAAAAAUUUAUGUUCAUGAAAUUCCAAAUUUAAACAUUUAAAAAAAUUUAUAAUUUUAUAUAGCUUUAAAAUUAUUAGAAGAUGAAUUUCCAAUCACUAAAGUUUUAUAACCUUAUUAAGAUGAAUAGAAAAUCUAAAUGAAAUUGAUUGAGACUAUAAAAAAAGAUUAGACAGAAAAAUAUCUUCAAAAUUUUUAGUUGUAAAGAAAUUUCAAACAUUUUAAAGGAUUUAUGGAAAAUAAUUUUGAAUACAAUUUAUUUUUAUUUGAAAAGUAAGGGUUGUUGAAAUAUAUCAAAGAAAGCCGUGUUGGAUGUUAUCUUAUAGAUUAUAGGGUUUGGGAUGUAAAUUUAGAAAAUCUUAAUAUUUCUGAGUUAAAAUAAAUGCAAAAGAAUAGUAUUUUAUAGAAUGAGUUUAUUGAGAUUAAGCAAAAUAAAUACGAUGAUAUUGGAAUAGAUAGGAGAGAUGAGUAAGAAAAUUAUUUUAUUGAAAUUGAUGGAGCAUGUCAUUUUGAUAUUAGACUUGAUAUUGUAAAUUAGACAGUAUAGAAAAAGAAAAUAUUGCAAAAAUAUAAGAUAAAUUUUAAAUCUAUAGCUUUAAAUGAGAAUCGAGGUAUUAAUAAUAGUUUGUAGAUGAUUUUAAAUAUUUUUGGAAAAUGA